AUGUCACGUGAUCCUCGAUUCAGCGGCGACAGGGCAACAGAACUCCGGCCGCACUACGGGGCGUGUGCUCUCUCAAAUGAUCACGCCAUGUGCGGCAGCAACAGCAGCACUGCAGAUUCAGGAAGCCACCUCAAAGCUUGAGAACUCUCCAUGUCGCCGCGAACUCUCACCCACCCACGUCAUCCCCCAAGCCACUUGCGCCACAAGUGGGACCGGAAAUCCCAGCCCAGCCCGCAAGCAUCCGGCGCCUCCAGCCUAGAUGGCAGCAGCGGAGUCGCGCUCUGUGAUCUCGGCUUUCCCCGGCGAGGCGGCGGAACAGCAGCAGCAAUGUGGAAGCCACGAGCGUAUAAACCAAGAUGCGGAAGAUAUGUGCUUCCUGCGAGUUCCCCAGAGCCCACGGCGGCCGGUACUACAUACUGUACAUCCAUUCUCGUCCUUCAUGAUAGUUAAUCAGAAUCUUAGAUCGCCUCUCCGUCCUUUGAGCAUCCAGCUCUGUCCGACUCUUUCAAAGAAGCUCGAGGCCCGACCCUAGGUUCUCCCCCUAGCGCGACAGCGAGAGGGGAAGAACAGCCACACUGUACCCCUGACCGUGCAUACAAAGAGCGGGGUACUAUUUUGCUGUGCCUUGCGAUCCCAUCCUAGACUCUCCGAAUCGUUCGUUGCAAAUCAACACGCCUAGGAUCCCAGUUAUUGCCAAAGAGCAUAGUAGAGUCGGCACGGGCAAUCCUCCUCUUGAGUCUGCAGCUCCGCGGACUUCUCCUACGAAAGAAUCUACCCAUCGCAGUGCAAAAAUUGUCCGCAGGCAUCCAAUAGUGUCGGCAUUUCUUGUCUGGAAACGUGGAACAGAUAAUACAUACUAGGAGCAGCGGGAUGGCUACUGUGCGAGUCGAUCGACCUUCUUCGCCCGCGCCUUCCGCCGGCAGUGUUUCGGCCCCUGGCGAUGCCGACGUCAGCAUCAACCAUCUCACCAGGCCCCGCCGAGUUCGCCGCGUUCAUCGCUCUGCCACGAGUGUACCUCUCGUGCCACCCAGAGUACUACCGGCCUCAGUACUACCGACCUCGGUACUACCGACCUCAGCUUCUGUCGACAGCGUGCUUCCCGGAAGUGUGGCUCGCGCUGCUCGCACUGCGCGCCGAGCUACAACUAACGGCGACGUGGUUCUCGCUUCCAACGGCCUCGCGCCUGCCAGCGCCGCCGGAGAAGCUGCCGCAUCCCACGGGCAGCUUCGGGAUUCCGCCUCUACGGAGAUUCUGGCGAUCGCUGAACAGCUAUUCGGACAGCAGCUUACAACAAAUUCGUCUGGGGGAUAUUAUCGGGGAAGCGCGACUACUACUAUUAACGGAGGCCCUGCUGGCAGCUUAACGGAGGGAGUGCGCAACCUGGGAGCGCUCGAGCGGCGUGGCGGAAGAUCAGAAGGCAUGCGGGCACGGAGAGGUGGGCUUUCGGGAAGAAGGGCUGAACUGCUAAGGAAUCCGGCGGCGGAAUCAGCGGAAUUGACAAACGAGGCAAGGCGCAGUGAAUCAGUAGUUGGGGUUGGCGGGUUUAGGGUACAAACUGGGGAGACGGGGGGCAGAGUGGACGGCGAAUCUGCCGUUGAUGUGAGAGCGAUCAACGACGUAGAUGGAUGGUGGGAUCUCGUGGGCGAGAUGGAGAGUGAGAUGCGAAUUGGCUGUAGCCAGAGUGAUUGUGGUAGUCUUCCCAAUUCAAGCUGCUUCAGCAGCUUCACCAGCCUCAGCAGCAGUUUCGAGCAGAAGGGCUCAAUGCUGGCGAGUUCUAACAACGGGAGCAGCUUCAACCAUUCUGGAAAUGAUGCUUUCCCUACUGCCUGCUACAGAACAGGUUCAGUGUUUGAACCUGUUUACGGAUCCACUAAUGGAGACCUCACUAUGGAAUGAUACCACCAACUUAGGAAGACUCAAGUUUGUAAAUUUCUUUAUGGCAAUUGAAAGAAAAGUGCA